GUCAUUUAUGGACGGCCCCUUUAGGAAACGGACGCUGCGCGUCUUAUCCCUGCAUCUUGUUGCCACCCUGGGCGCCUGCUCCGCUCCACCUCCUCCACGUCGCCUCGAGGCCCUCUCUGAAGAAGGAGCCGUGCCCCGAAACGUCGCCCAGCACGGUAGAGACGUGUCUGUGUGCACCUAGCCUGGCACGGACGCUGUGUAUUGGUGAUGGCGUCACACGUGGAGUUGCCAUUCAUCAAACAAGAACACGAUGAAACUUCAAGCCCCAGGAUGUAUCCCGACGUGACGGUGAAGUUGGAUGCUGGACCGGCUGUCAAGGAAGAAGAUGGUGGGAGUCUGGGCACUGAUAUGAUGAAUAUUGCGUUGAAAACUGAAGUGGACGAUAAUGGUCCAUAUCUGAAGAUUGAAGGGAUCAGUGAGAGGCCAGAGGAGCCGGAAGAUUCCCAUGAAUGUCUGGCCGCCUCAGACCAGAACUUCAUCGAGGUGGAGUUAUCAGAGGAGGACAGUUGUAAAGGUGCAGCAGAUGAAGAAAAAGAAACAGAACUUCUGUGCGAGGACUGCGGGAAGGGCAGUUGCUUGGAAAUAAAGACAGACAAAGCGGAAUGUACAAGCAACAAGACCCCGCAAGCCUGCAAGCAGUGUGGGAAGGUACUUGAAGGCUUCGCGUUGUGCACGGCAGUGGCUACCGAUGGGAGGAAGCACGUGUGCAAGGAGUGUGCCAAGGGGUUUACAUCGCGUUUUGGUUUAGAGACGCACAUGAGAACACACACGGGCGAGAAGCGGCACGUGUGCAACGAGUGUGGGAAGGGGUUUACAAAGCGUUCCACCUUAACCACGCACGCCAUAUCACACACGGGCGAGUGGCCGCACGUGUGCAAGGAGUGCGGAAAGGGCUUUGCACAACGUUCUGAUUCAGAGAAACACGCAAGAACACACACCGGCGAGAAGCCGCACGUGUGCCACGAGUGUGGGAAGGGGUUUGCAACGUGUUAUUCUUUAACCACGCACGCUAUCUCACACACGGGCGAGUGGCCACACGUGUGCACUGAGUGUGGAAAGGGAUUCGUACAGUGUUCCGAUUUAGAGGAGCACACCAAAACGCACACGGGCGAGAAGCCGCACGCGUGCAACGAGUGUGGGAAGGGAUUUUCACGGCGUUCUACGUUAAAGGCACACACUAGAACACACACCGGUGAAAAGCUGCACGUGUGCCACGAGUGUGGAAAGGGGUUUUCAAAGCGCUCUACCUUAACGACACACUCUAUCUCGCACACGGGCGAGUGGCCGCACGUGUGCACGGAGUGUGGAAAGGGAUUCGUACAGUGUUCCGAUUUAGAGAAGCACUCAAGAACGCACACGGGCGAGAAGCCGCACGCGUGCAAGGAGUGCGGGAAGGGGUUUGCACGAAGUUCCACGUUAAAGGAGCACAUUAGAACACACACGGGGGAGAAGCUGCACGUGUGCAAGGAGUGUGGGAAGGGGUUUUCAAAGCGCUGCACCUUAACGACGCACGCUAUAUCUCACACGGGCAAGUGGCCGCACGCGUGCAAGGAGUGUAAAAAGGGCUUUGCACAACUCUCCGAUUUAGAGAAACACGCAAGAACACACACCGGCGAGAAGCCGCACGUGUGCAACGAGUGCGGGAAGGGGUUUGCAACGUAUUAUACGUUAAACACGCACGCUAUAUCACACACGGGCGAGUGGCCGCACGUGUGCGUGGAGUGUGGAAAGGGAUUUGUACAGCGUUCCGAUUUAGAGAAACACACAAGAACGCACACCGGCGAGAAGCCGCACGUAUGCAACGAGUGCGGGAAGGGCUUUUCACAACGUUCCGAUUUAGAGAACCAUACAAGGACACACACCGAUGAGAAGCCAUAUGUGUGCAACGAGUGCGGAAAGGGGUUUGCAAAGUUGUAUACGUUAAACACGCACGCUAUAUCACACACUGGCGAGUGGCCGCACAAGUGCACGGAGUGCGGAAAGGGAUUUACGCAGCGUUCCGAUUUGGAGAAGCACACAAGAACGCACACCGGCGAGAAGCCGCACUCGUGCCAGCAAUGUGGGAAGAGCUUCGCGCAGCGUUCAAAUUUGGAGGCACACGCGAGAACGCACACCGGUGAGAAGCCCCAUGUGUGCAAGGAGUGCGGGAAGGGCUUUUCCCAUCGUUACAAUUUAGAGAAACACACUAGAACACACGAUGUGGAGUGAAAACUCAAAUCGGAGUAUUGUCCCUUUUGAAAGCAACGGUGAGUAAUAUUGUUUAUGCAAUGCUAUUGUCCUACCAUGUGCGUGGGUAAUGUAAAUGAAAUUUUUUAGACAAGCCACCGUGUAAUUGUGACCAACCCAAACUAUGGACCGUAUAGUAAACCACUGUUGUCUGGCCUUCUUCAAUAGAGAAACAGCAAAACUACGCAAACUCUCUGCUGAAGCCCUCACGUGGCUAGCAGAACCUUAACAUUUGUCAUUCGGCUUCUGAAUAUACUACUAUAAGCAAGAAGAGAAUUGGUACAUAGAUGCAGAGACAUUUACUGGUCCGCUCAUUUACCGGUCCACACUAUAGUGUUUUGAUAUACAGAACCAUUCUGCGUUUGGCUAGAUCAGCCUACUAUUCAAAUUGUGUAAAUGACUGAAUAAGCCUCAAUUUUAUUGAAUUAUAUCGCUAUUUCAACUUUAACUAUCUUCAACUCCCCUGUUGAAUGUUUUUUUUUUUAGCUGUGAUAAUUUCAUGAAUCAUUUUAAUAAAAAAAAGAUCAUACUGAUCUGAGAGCACAAAAAGCCAUUGUUCGUCGUGCUGAACGUACAUGGAGGAAGUCUGGUCUCACCAUACAUCGCCAGAUUUUUUAAAGAACAGCUACACGCCUAUUUCGUCAACAUUUCAACAUCCCUAUAUUGCUAGUCGCAUUCCAGUAAGUAAGGCUAAUGCACGAACCUUAUUCUCUACCAUCAAUCAUCUUCUGCAUAAGGUACAACAAUUGUAAUUCUCCUUCCACAGGCCGCUGUACUUCUAUUCAGCAGUCGCUUGGGGUUAAAAUUUCCACUAUCUGUUCCCAAUUAAUAUAUUCCCCCUCAUUGCCCUUCCAUUAGACUGACCCCCAUUCUGGUUUAAUGGCACUCUCUCGACGAAGUUCCCCACUAUUACGACCGCCGAACUCGCCUCCGAUUGUUGGUUCUCGACCAACCUAUUGUCCACUGGAUCCAUUCCCUUCCAGACCGCUUUGGGGGAUAGCUUUUUCACAUUGGUGCACCCUUUGUUCUUAGCAUUUUCAGCAUGUUCUUUGAGACUGGUGUAGUUCCUGGCACUUUUACAAUGGCGGCAGUCAUCCCACUUUUGAAAAAGCCACGUCUUGAACCCAAGAUUACAAAAAGAUAUAUAUGUCCAAUCUCCCAACUUCUUUGUCUAAGAUUCUGGAAUGUGCUCUGGCUUCUCGAUUCCGUCAGCAUCUAGCUACGUGCAACUUAUCCGACCCCUUUCAGUGCUGCGCACAGCAUUUAAGACGGCUCUCGUGAGGGUGACCAACGAUUUAUUGCUGCAAGCGGACAGGGGGCAAGCAAGUGUUCUUGUCCUGAUAGACUUCAGUGCUGCGUUUGACAUCAUUGACCAUUGGGUCCUUCUUGAACGACUCCAACACUCAGUGGGGAUUUCUGGUCGUGCAUUACAAUGGUUUCGCUAUAUGCAGGAUCGCGUGCAUUAUGCUACAAUCGAUGGUUACAAAUCUCCAAUUAGACCGGAUCAAUGCAGUGUUCCACAAGAAUCAGUACUUGGCAGCCCUCUAUUCAUUACCUAUAUGGCACCUAUGGACACGCUGCUAUGACAUCUGGCCUUGUCAUAUCACUGCUAUGCUGAUACCUAAAAUUCAUGUCCGCAUAGGUUCCGAUUGUGCGAGGACAGUCUAUUCAUCCAACCUUCCCCUAUAAUUCCCAUACCUCGACCCUCCUCACGCAACUGCACUGGCUUCAUGUGUACUAUGUUCAAAUUCCCCACGCUGGUCUACAGAUCCCUUCAUGUCCUUGCCCCACCAUAUCUUGCCACGCUCGUAGCUCGCUACGUGCCUUCUUGCCCUCUACGUUCUCAAUCAUUGCUCUGUUCCUCCUCCUUGUGCUGAAUCACGCUUUCCCUCUUUUUCUCUUCUUGCCCCCCUUCACUCAAACUUCCCCUCCACAUUAAACAGUCACGUUCACUCGCUAGGUUCCGCUCUGCACUCAAAACUCACUUAUUUUCCCCUAGCUCACCCCACGACCCCUUAAUCUCUCCCCCCACUGUUACUUUUCCGACUUCAUAUUCUCAUAUGGCUUUCACCCAUUCAAUCCAUUCAUCAUCAUUGACUGUCAUCAUUUUCCUUUCACCGAAUUCACGCAUCACAGAUUUUCCCAUUGCUUCCUCUCAUCUAUUUAAUCUACUUAAUCUCCACCAUUACAUUCAUAUGUACCAUUGUUAAUUCUUUGUAAGGCGUCUUGGUUAAGGCGCUAUACAACUUCCUUUAAGAUAAGAUUGUCUGCAUCAUUAUCUCUAGUAAGAUCUUGGCUUCACAAUAAUUUUCUCUUAUGGAAUGCCAACAAAACUGAGUUCAUAGCCAUUGGUUCCCCCUUACAGUUAUCUAAAAUUAGAUCACUAUGUUUGUCUACAGAUGGUCAUGAUGUCUGUCCAUCACAGGAGAUCAGAAAUGUUGGUGUCCAAUUUAAUCAGUAUUUAUCCUUUGAGGCACAUGUAACUAGAGUGGUCAGAACAUACUUAUUCCACCUAAGAAAUGUCCGGCUGCGUCGAUUCCUGUCGCCCGAUGAUUACAGAGACUGGUCCACGCGUCUGUGUUCUCCCAACUUGACAAUUGUAACACAUUACUGAUUGGGAUUCAGAUUAAGGUGCUUGGUAGACUUUAGCUUGUUCAACAUGCUGCUGCUAGAAUGCUUACGCAAACACCAUUUUGAGAGCACAUCACACCCGUUCUCUUGUCCUUGCAUCGGCUACCAAUCAAAUAUGACAUUGAUUAUAAGGUCCUGCUAUUGACGUACAAGGCUGUCAAUGGUUUUGCUCCACGAUACUUACAAAAACUGAUCCACUUAUAUACAUCAAUGAGGUCCUUGAGAUCUUCUGACUUCCUCCUUAAUAUUCCGAGGUCAAGGCUCCGUUCCUGGGGUGAUGGGGCUUUUGCCAGUGCAGCUCCAAGACUAUGAAACGAGUUGCCUCUGAUAAUAAGACAAUCAGAAUCUUUAGAGAAAAUUUAAUCUCCCCUGCAAACUCCCCUCUUUGAAAUGGCCUGUUGCCCAUAUUUUUGGUCAUUUAUGCUGGCUCCGUCUUAUUUCCUGAUUUCCAUAGGAGGCAAAUUUGGAUCAUUGGAUGAAAUGCGCUAUUACAAAUCCAAAUGAUUAUUUUUAUUAUAUCCAUAAUCAAAUAUUUAAUAUCACCCUUACAACAGGAUGUGUCUCCCCUAGCAGUCCUGUACCUCACAUCCUGGGUGCUCCUCAAUCAAAACCAAGCCUUUGACUCCCAAAAAAGUCACUCCGCCACCUACUGACCCUUUCAUGCCAAACAACGACUCCGCCGUGGUCUCGCGUGUUUCCCCACACAAACGCGUCGCUUCAAACGGCACUCCACAAUGGCAUAAUGUGCCUCCCUGCCUCAUUCUACUUUACUGUCAGGCCACGCUCAAAGCACAGUGAAGACGCCACACUCCCAUUACUUUUGUGUGAAACACAAAGUAGCGAUGCUUCAUAGUCUCGAGCGAGGUUCGGUCAGCCAAUAUGCUUCGGUAAAUCGGCCAAUUCCAUACUCAUGCCACACAAGCCUCAAACGUGUCUCGUGGACGGGUACGGGCAGGUGAUGAACAGCACACCAAAGGGUUCUCCACCUAGUCUUUGAGAACUUCUUUCGCACCGUACGAAGCCAACCGUGCUAAUCGGAGGUGCGUCUGCCCAAAAAAUGGCGAGCACCCAAUUUAUUUUUGAGAGGGAGUCCAAGCUUGGGAUUGUGGGAGCUGAUGUCUCAUACCUUGAUCAUUAACUCAGUGAUGAAGGGGAUUAAGCGAAAACCUGGUCUCUGUUGGGGAAUGAUAUGGAGUGGAAUCUUUUUGUUCUACCGAGGCUGAAAAAUGUAUAUAUUCUAUUUUUAAUGAUGACAUUGUUGCCAUUGUCAAUGUUCGGUCGCCGGAUUGAUGACAUUUGUUGCGUUUUACCACG